CCGUAGCUGCAGUCGCGAGUGUUUGUCGUCUGUUUGUUGUGAGAUUGUUGCCUGAUGGGAUUGUUUUUUUGUAUAUAUUGGUGUAAAUUAGUUAUGGGAUGGAAAACAGCUGUAAUAGCAUUUAUUCGUAGUCCUAGUAUGUAAAAUGUUGCAAAAUUGACCACAGCCAUGUCUGCCAGUGGUGGGCACGGUGUGGGAUUGGUACAACAGAUUCUUAGUUUGUCGUUAGUGCCGAGGUUGGAAAACAGCAGCUGUCCUAAUUUUACGCUGUGCCACUUUCCAGAAAUGUUAUAUGGUGUGUUUCUAUGGGCCGUUGUAUCUUCUCUUUCUGUCCAUAUACCUGCUGGACUUAUCGCACUCUUUACUCUCUGGCAUCAUAAGUGUGGUCGGUUCACGUCAGUGGGUAUCCUGCUAAUGGGAGUCGUUGGACCACUUACUGCUGGAAUCCUGACAAGUGCAGCUAUUGCUGGAGUUUACAGAGCUGCAGGAAAAACAAUGAUACCUUUCGAAGCACUUGUUUUGGGAGUUGGACAGACAUUUUUUGCUGUCCUUAUUUCUUUUUUGCGAAUCUUGGCUACACUAUAGCAUUUGGUUUUUGGCAUACUAAGCUGAGAACUGGAGGCAUCCUCAGAAACAGCAGCAUGGAUCUUGUUAAAAGACGGACAGUAGCGUUUGCAGCAUAUGGUUUUGCAAAAUGCUUAACUUGGCUGGACUUCAACACCUUAUGCCUUAGUUGUCGACCUGAAGGAAAAUCAGAAGUGUUCAAUUUUGGUGUCUAACCUUGUUUACAUUACCGUCUCCUACAAAUUCAUUCUGAAGUCCAGCAAAGUAUGGCUUUAUUACAAGCAAGGUUACUAAAAGUGAUGCAGAAAGCAAUAGGAAGAAUAUAUCAUCAGGGCUGUGCAUCAUAAACUGCAAUAACAUUGCUGUUACUAGCUAUAAACAAGAUUGUGUGGUGUAUUACUUCUGCAAAGCAGCAACUUUGUCGUACAGGAAAUACCCAUAAUUUAUUUUGACACAGUUGUGUGGCUUUUGCCAUUAUAUUGUAUGCUGCCAGUUGGUCUGCGAAGUAUGUCUGCAGCAAAUAGAAGCAUUGAUGAUUUAAAUGUCUGCUAAUAGUUUUUUUUCCCACACCUUAAGCUGAGACAGUUAAUUGCCAUAAUUGGUAAUUUGUUUAGUUAUUUACAUUGUUGUAACAUACUUUUAAAUUCACACGUUUGAUAAAUUUAAAAUAUGGAGAUGUGCUGCUGCUGAUGAAAAUGGGAGUUAAGUUUACCAGUUUUUUGGUGUAUUCUAGACAUUUUACUGUUUGCCAGUGCAAAAAAAUAUAUUUCUUCUGUUUUUCUUAAGGCUAUCCCCUUUUCUUCCUUUACUCCUCUACUCUUAGCUCUAACAACACUGGUAAGGUAUAUGCUUUGUUAAAUGGGAGCAAUUUUGGUAGAAGCUUAGUAUUAAGGCAUUUGUUUGGAAUCUUACUUGCACAUGUAUCAAUUUUAUUGUGUAAUAGAUUUUGUUGAUUGUAGUGGAGCAUUUUUUAUACUAAACUUUUGUUACUAACUUUUUUUUUUUUUUUUUUAAUUUGUAGUUUGAAAUUUUCUCAGGUAACAAAAAGACUUGUAGAUGAUAAAAGAACAUUCAGUAAUCUAUACUCUAUUUUAGCCGAUGCAUGUUGUAUGCCUCCCUCCCCCCAUUUUUCUAAUUUUACGUUUUCUGGAAAUAAUUCUGUAAUAGAUAUUGGUGCACAGACACUGUGUGAAAGCAGAAUUGUAAAAUGUAUGGGGUCUUUAAACACAUCAAAAUGUUAAUUUUUUUUCUUUACAGACAUUUUAUUUGCUGCUUUAGAUACAUUUUGUAAAAGGUUUUGGGGGUGCUCAAAAUUCAAUAUUUAGUAAUUAUUUGAAAAUGGAACAUAACUGGUAAUAUAAAGCACAAAUAUUUGAUCAUAUGUUUUAAGAUUGUUAGCUCUUCUAACUGUUGAGGUUUGUCUUGUGCAUAUUGCAUACUUCAGUAAUAUUUUGAUAUCACCAAGUGCCAAAUAUUUUAACUAUUAACAGUAUUUGUGAAUUAUUGAGCUGUAAGCAAAAUGCUGAACGAACUUGAAGCAUGCAUUGUACAUACCUGUUCAUUUCUCAUCUUUUAUAUUUUUGGCAUUGCUUUAAGUGUACUGACUUUUGUAGGAAAUGCUAUCUCUUAAAUAAGCUGUUUAAUUUAGUGUCUUAAAGCUGGGAUGAGGCAACUGAAAUACGGUAUGUUGAAACUUUUUUCCUUUACAGCAUUAAAAGUCUUGUAAAUAUGAAUGUCUUUAAUGCUAGAAAAUGACUUAGUAAAAUUUUAAGCAGGCA